UACCAAACCUUCCCAAACCGCUCCGCGACCGGCGCGACGUCGCCAAAGACUGAAUAGUCUCUGACGCCGCGCUCUUAAUACCAAAGUAGUCUUCCCGUUGACUUUGGCAAGCUGCGUGGGGCCGCAGACCAGUUUGCCUCUGCGGGGCACUGGCGCCGCGCACCCGGCGCCGCGCCAAGCCGGAGCGCUAUCAGCAGCGGAGCAUUUAACUCAAUUUGGAUGGUUACAGAGCGCUGCAGCAUGGGUGUUCACGCAGCGAAGGCUUGCGCAUCGCCGGACGACGUCCGGUCGGUUCGGGCCACCAACCCUGGCGCCAUGUCCAGGACUGUGUCUGUGCCGAUAACGGCUGAAAUGCGAGCAUACGAAUGCGGCAUAGCUGGUGCAGGAGCCCCCGCCGUGUGGCUCUCGUCUUCCCUGCCCAAAAUCGGAUUCCAAAUUGGCGCUGCUGCGGGGCCAACGCAGCAGACACAGCUGCAGCGCGCCUCCGUGCCGAUCCCGUCGUGCUCCGCCUGGGACAACGCCGGCCUUAUGGUCACCCAGGAUUGCCACAGCAGCGGCGACUAUGCGUGCGACGAGAUGUCACACCGGCCUGGCGAGGGCGCGUCAACAGCAGUUGGGCAGCACGUGCAUGACUUGGACGCUGCCUCCAGAGGCGGCGCGGCGUUGACACGGUCCCCAGCACCGCAAUGCACAAGCGGCGGCGGCGGCUCCAGCAAGGACGAGCACGUCAACCCUGGCGCCGGCGCCGGCGCAAGCAGCUGCAGCACGAGCGCAAGCCACACGAUAGGCGGAGCGCAUGCGGCUACGGAAGGAGCCGCACCACCGGCACCACCGCUGGUCUGGGGAAGCGCUAGCUACGAUGCCACCAUUGCGGUGGCGGCUGCGGCUGCAGCGGCUGCAGCAGAGGAUCGCGGUAAUCUCCCGCAGCAGCAUCCGUGCCGCAGCACGGCAGCCAUCUCCGCCCUACUGGCACCUCCCACAGAUGUCACCGCCGGUCGCACGGCGGCGCGCGCUGCUGCCGCCUCUUGCGCCGCUGCCGCGUCUAGUACCAGCGGCGCCCGGCCAGCGGCUGUUUGGGCUGCGGGAGAGGAGGGCGCAGACAGCCGCUGCCAGUCCUGCCCAAUGGCCUGGCCCCUUCACCUCCUCGAGGCGGGCGGCGUGCUCACUGCCCUCACGUCCCCCCCAGACUCGGGCUCAAGCGCCUUCGUCAGCAGCAGCGGUAACGUCCAAGGCACGCCUGCUGAUAGCACCUCCGGCGCGUUGCCGGGCACUGCGAGCCCCGUAGGAGCCGCAACCGCGGCCGCGACCGCUGCUACUGCUAGCCACCUGAGGCAGCUACAGCCGCUGCAUCCGCAGCUGCAGCUGGUGGACUCCCGCCGCUGCCACAUGGGCAUGGAGGAGGCGCUGCCGGAGCAUCCCCUGCUGCGCCUGAUGAGUGGGGCGGCGGGCUCUGGGGUCUUGAGAUUGAGCUCGUCUGUUUCAGGUGCCUUGCCCGACGCGCCCAAGGCGGCGACGCUGACCGCCGUGGCCUCGGCCGCUGCAGCUGGCAGUAGCUUUGGCAGCUGCAGCAAGCAGCAGCCGCAGCCGCAACAGCCGCUGCAGGUGCAGCCGCACCCUCUCUUUUCCGGCAGCGCAGGGGGUGCAGCGGCGGGGACGAUGCGCGCGAGUGAGGGCCUCAGCUGGCUGCUAUUAAGCGCCGAAGCCGCGGAACUGGCCGGCGGCAGUAGCAACACCAGGGACGGUACUGCCGCCGCUGCCGUGGCCAGGCCUGGCAGUAGCGGUGGGGUGGUGGCGGGCGCCGUGGAUGCUGAGGCGGCGGCGCGGGUGGUUGCGGCGCUACAGCCGGUCAUGCAGGAGCUACAGGCCAUGCGGGCUGAGAUGGGACUCCUGAUGAGUGGCAGCAGCGUUGCUACAGCCGCUGCAGCCACUGCUGGUCUGCAGCAGGGUGCCAGCGUCAGCAGCGGACCCUGGCUGGCGUCUGCCGCCGGGUCUGGUGCUGGUCUGGUGGCGGCGCCGGCCACGGGUGCCGUGUCUGCUGUUGUCGCGGGCGGCGUCGGCUGCUGGCGGGCGCUGAGGUCUGGUAGCAGCGCAACCGGCUCGGCUGUCUCCACUGCCACGGAUGCGGCCACAGUGCUUUCAGCGGUGCUGUCGUGCCUGCCCGACUUGGAGGAGUCCAGCGAUGCCGCGCCCACAAUGCUCGCAGCCGCAGUCGGCGCUUCUGCUCCGCUGCCUCUGGCGGCGGCCCCACAGCGCCACACCACCCAAAUCCAGCACCCCCACCACCGGCCACAGACAGCGGCGCAGCUGCAGCCGUGCGGCCGCCUGCUGGCCAGAAUGCCUGUGGGCCCCUCGGCGUCGCCGACCUCGCUGUCACAGAGCGGCAGCAGGGGCGCAGCCGCAGUCAGCACACCGCUGCGGGCAGCCUCUGGGCCGGCCGCAGUAACAGCCAGCGCAGCUGGGGCUGGGGCUGCAGCGGCGGCCCACAGCAGCAGCGCCAGCAACAGCAGCAGCGGGGGCAAGGCGUCACGGCGAGGUCGGCGUUGACACGUGCAGAUAUAUAGCUACCUUACUACCGCUACGCUACGCAUUAUGCCUCUCCACCGGCGAUUCAUCAUCCUUUCCUUGUGCGCUACUAUGGCACUACCGUGGAUACUCAGACAGCUAAUACCACAAACUGCACACGUACGUUCAGUAGCAUUACGUGGCUACAUGCAUGUGCAUCCUACGCCUGAAUUCCUUGCUCGGGCGAGCGUGUUUCUUGAUCGGACGUGGCUAGGGUACCUGUUGUCUUGAGGAUAGGGAUUGACAACUGCAGGGGAGUGGCCCAACGUGGGUGUUCGGUUCACUGUAGUGACGGGCACACCGGCGUCAAAACAGCUUGCAUGCGCAUGCAUGGUAAGACAGACAGGUCCUAGGCGCUACAGACAGCCGUGUGCUUGGGGCCGAGGUCCAGCGGCGAGGAAGGCAGUGGAAUGCGGAAGGGGUCUGUCAUCGUCUGAAUUUCGUCGUACUGCCUCACCGAUGUCCCCAAAUGGAAUGAGGUCUGCAUUUUAUGAUGCGUCCUGUUGAAUACUAUAUUGCUCAGUUUGAGGCAAUGCGGCAUCACUCGACACACGAACGAUGCUAAAGGCUUCACGGCUGCAACAGUACUUGGUGUGGGUACUUGGUAGCGCAGAUGCCAACCUGUUUCGUGUCGGUCGGAAGGUUGGCUAACUGAAUGUGCCUUCACAGCGAGCCCCAAUGCUUUCAACCCCGGUGGCAGUCAUAAAGCCUGGGUCCUGACGUUUUGACGAUACUGUUUGGUGCAUGUGAUUUGGACAUUACCGGUAGGCGCUUGAAUGUCGGACUGCAGUUGCCGUGCAUGCACGGGUGGUGGCCUGUAGCAACCGUAGCAGGCACGUCCAUGGAAUGAUGGAGAGGCCAGCGCUGCCCCGGGGCUUAUGAGGGCAUCUGGUUUCAUUGCGUUUAGACAUCAACCAUCACUGAUCGUCAAAGCUUGGUCCUUUCUAAAAGCGGGCAGCAUGCGCGCUUUUGUGUGCGUCAUGUCCUUGUGUUCGGACAAUGACUGUUUGGAGCCGACCGCCCCUGGAUGGCGAAACCCGGGACAGAACAUCCCGGGUGUGAAUGGGCUGAGUAUGUCCGAGUGUGACCCAAAUGCUGCGCAAGAAAGUCUGGCUAAGUGCAGGACUAACGUAGGGUUGAGGUGGGUAUUGUAGCCGUAACCAGCAGUGCCUGAUCGGGCACUGCAGUACCUUUGGAUGGGUUGGCAGUUCCAACGUACCACAUCACGCGGCCAUGGGGCCGUGAGUGGCUGCGGACUUCAUUAACGCAGCUAAGUAAGCGCAUCGUGGUAGCUCGGCUGGUGCGUCCUGGGUGCACGCAAGGUCAGGUUACCGGUUCCAGCGUUAGGAGGCUGAGGCGUGCAAGGACAGGGCGCAAACAAACGUGCGUAUGGAAAUGCGAGCACGCCGGUUGUUGGGGUUACUUGGCAGGGGCACGGGCCAUGGUCUUCGGAAUCCAGGCCACAUGCAUGAGGGGGGUUGAAGCAUGCCAACGGCUUCCAGGCAAGGGGCGCGGCGUGGACGAGCAUCAAGUCGGAGCCACUGCAUGAUGGGGGCACUUCGUGUGCGAGUGGAAUUGUCUUUCGAAGCGGCAGGCUGGCCGUGGGCUGGGCGCAGGUAUGCUUGCAAUAGCUUGCGCACGUGCUUCGGGGACAAGGAAUGCUGUGAACUACCGUAUUUCAUCUUGACCUGACCGCCCUUGUGCGGUAUCUCUUUCAUCCUGUUGACGUCGAACGACGGUCACUUUUACGCAUAGCGUUACAGUGUUAGCACUGCUGGGAUGAGCAGUCGAAUGAUAUGGAGGCCUGAGGGGCGGAGGGAACGCGGCGCGCGCAAGGGGUGUGGGCCGCGUGCGUGAGGCUGUAAGAAUGGGCAAGUACAUGUUUCUGGAAUUCUCGCACCCCCCCAGCACAUGAUCAUACGUGUAAGCUGUCACCAGCUAGACAGGAUCAUACUAGGUGCUUACCAGGAGAGAACUAGAGCUAGGAGGACUUGUAAUGCUAGGCAACUAGGCGGAGAGUAAGGAACUAUAUGAGAAACCGAAGGAUAGGUGGCGUAUGUAUACGCCGUGUAAGAAUACUUGUAAGGCUCUGAAGGUGUAGCGUUGAUAAACGCUGUGUGACUCGUGCAUGGGACACUCCGCCGUGUGAAACCCACACGCGUGUCUGGCACCCUCUGGGUGUGUAUUGGCAUUCCCUCGUGUGUAACGGACAUGUAGCGCACCCUACGCUUACAUUCCCCCCCCUCAGAAGCGAACCGUCCUCGGGAGCCGUGACGCGUUGUAACCGGACACACUUGGUUACGUGCCAGUGGCGCGACGUUGGCGCUUAGCAUUGCGCAGGUUCACCCGUUCGAGGUAGUCGUUAAUGCAUUGCUCAACGAGCUCAUCCUCGCAAAGGACUGUUGAGGGUUCCCAAGAAUUGUGCUCAGCGCCGAAGCCAAGCCAUUUCACGAGGUACUCGCGAACCGAUUUGGAGCGACUUCCGCCCAGUUUGCGGUCGCGGUGUCCAAUAAUGUCUUCAACCUCCCAAUAUGCAUUGCCGUCAUCAUCAAAUAAUUUCGGGGCUUGCGGGGGUUGGUACCGGCCGUCACUGGUGUACGGUUUCAGCAGCGACACGUGGAAAACCGGAUGAAUGCGGUACCCUUCGGGCAAC